UUUAGUUGUCUMGACAGCCAUUGUAUAAAAAUAGUUAAAACACAUAUAUUUCUUCUUUUUAUAAUUAUUGUAAUUAAAAAAAAAAAUCUUAUACACUAAAUAAUAAUAACAAUAAUAAUAAUAGUAAUAAUACUUAAUCAUCAUAAUGGAAGUUCAAACGGUCGAAAAGAAACCCAAUACCGGAAAACAAACAGUGACGGCGACUGAGGAGACAUCUUCAGUGGCUGAACGUACUAAAGAGGUGACCAAAGACACGGCCAACUCUCAUUUGGAGCAGAAGGCCAAAAGCGUGCAGUCGGAGGAGUCAACCAAAUCGGUAUCCGAGUCGGUUGAGAAGCUGGCCAACGGUGGCAUAAAAAAGAAGACGGUUAUGUCCUCGUCACAACAGUUCUCGUCCGAGGAAUCGUUCGAGGAGAGCUGGUCGUCCUCCGGGCCCGUUAUCACCACCACCGUGCCCAAGCAAAUCAAACAAUAAUGACAAUAAUAUUAUUAUAUUUUAUUAUUACCUGCGUACUUCAAAAAUAUAUUUUAAGAAAAUGAUCUACGCUACGAUACCGCGCGUGACGAUGUAAUAUUGUAUUAUUAUAAUGCACAAUAAUGUAUAUAUAUAUAUAUAUAUAUAUAUAUAUAAUAAUAGAUCAUGUGGAUAAAUAUUGACGAUAAAUAAUGUUGUAUUUACCAUUGUUGAGCAUAAUAUUGUGUUAUAAUAUAAUAUUACAUACGUAUGUACGCGUAGCGUGCUGCUUGUCAUUAUAUCGCUGAUCAUCUAUAAUAUACAAUAAUAUAAUUUUAAUAAUUUUGAUGUAAUAAUAUGUAAUUUUUUUUUCGAUUGUUUUCAACGCACACAAUAAUGUUAACCGGACAUUAUAUGAUAUAUUAUUAUAUUAUUAUACUAGUGUCGUUUAAUAUAAGUACAGUUAUUUAUUUGA